AUCAGCUAGCUAACUAUCUAAAUUAGACCUAUUUUCUGCAUGUACAUUUUGUAGUCAAAUUAAUUAUAGCUACCAUGCGACAGCCAAGAUAGUGCGCAGGGCAGUCUGCUAACUAAAUACACAUUAGCUAACCAGAAACUAGCUAGCUACUGUAGACAUAACAUUUACAUUUUUACAAUCGUUACAUUGUUACAAUCGCUUCUCUGUCGGAACUAGCUAACGUUAGCUUGUUAAUUGUAGGUUGUUUAUCUACCUUAUUAGCGCAAAACAAUAAUGUAAUUUAGUGAUUUAGUUUGGGACCAACUACCGGAUUAAUCUAACAUGUUUUGCUUUGCCUGUGCUGACUGUUACAAAUUUAAAAGUCGCGGUUGCUUCACGUUUGGGAGGUGACGACGUUGGCUGCAAUUACGGUUUACUAACACGUUAAUGAUAGUUUGCAAAGUUAACUAGUGUAACUAGCCAGCUGAAUUGCUUCUUUAGACUCCAGGAAAAAAAAUGUGAAUCGGUUUUUACUUGAUUGAAUAUGUUAUUAUGGGUUAACUGUAUGAAUCGACUUGAAAUGGCUAGAUAUGUAAUAUUUGCUCAUAUGAAAUGAACAAUAAUAUUAGAAUUUGAACGUAACGUUAUUUGUUUUUCUGAUACUUGUUACUGAUAUUUGUGGGUAUCCGCCUUGGUAACAGACUGGAUCAACGUUUCUUCCUGACUACUGACAGUGAGCGAGUGAGCCAUCCAAAAUAACAUCAGUUCUAGUGAAUUAUCUUCCUGCAAGCCAUGCUCUGUUAAUAUGGCUUAAUGCCGGUUGAAACAUGUUAUAUUAAUAUUGGUGUUUUGGCAUUCUACUAAAGUUACUAGUCAAGGGAUGGGAAAGACGCAUGCUGUGGUGAUCCUCCGGCGGCACCUCAGUGUCAGGUAGUGAAGGCCAAAGGCAAUGCAGUCUGCUAACUGUCAUCUGGGCAUCCACCAUAUACAAUGAAGAAGAUAUUCAACUUCACCAAGAAAAAGAAAGGAUUCUCACCUAACACCUCAGACACUGGGAGUGUGCUGUCUGUGGGCUAUGACUUGAAGGAGAAGGACCUUGGAAAGGUACACAAGGCUGCUUAUGGGGGUGACUUGGCCAAACUGAAGCAUCUGGCCAAGAAGAAUGACAUCAAUCAGCUUGAUAAGGAGAACAGAACAGCACUUCACAUUGCCUGUGCCAAUGGACAUACAGACGUGGUCCAGUUCCUGGUUGAGAGCAAAGCCAAGCUCAACCUAUGCGACAAUCAAAACAGAUCCCCGUUGAUGAAGGCAGUGCAGUGCCAGCAGGAACGAUGCGUGGCCACGCUGCUGGAGCAUGAUGCCGAACCUAAUCUCGUGGACAUCAACGGCAACACGGCCCUGCACCUGGCCUCCUGCAUACCUGCCUUCUCCACCGCUAUGCUGCUGCUGGAGCACGAGGCCAAUGUCAACGCCCAGAACAAGGAGGGAUACUCCCCUCUGACUAUGGCAGUGAAGGAGAAUCAUGCUGAGAUGGCAGAGUUCCUCCUCAAGGAGGGGGCUGACGUCAACACGAAGGACCAGGGACACAGGUCCCCAUUGAUGAUCGCUGCUUGCAAUGGACAAAUCAGUAUGGUGCGGCUACUCCUGCAGUACGACGCAGACAUCACCUUAAAGGACAAUAAUGGAUGGUCGUCCGAUGACUAUGCUGUGAUGAAUGGACACCACGCUUGUUCCCAUCUCAUUAUUGAGCAUGGCACCAAGAGGAAGUCCAUGCCGUCUCCCGCCCACGCCCCUGCCAAAAAGAAGCGAGCUUCCAUGUUGUGCAGCCCUUCCGAAGAAGCAGGCUUCUCUCUGGGGGGACCAGCAACUGACAAAGAUGAGCAAGGAGCGAGUGAAGGAGGGAGAGAUGUUGAAGACAAUUCGCAAACUGAGUCAAUAAGCCGGGCGUCAAAAAGUGCGGCAGACGAUUCCUGGCCAUCCUCAGAUGAAGAGGAUGAAUUGGAUAUAACCCAAAAGAAACAUCCAAAGCUAAACCUAAAGAAUCUGAUGAAUGCCUCCAAAAAGGGAAAGAAUGACGCUGUAACCGAUCUCAAAAAGCCAUGGAGCGGCCCUGAGGCCAAGCAUGAGAGCGAGAACCAAGUCCAGAGAAACCCAUCCCUACCCAAGGCUUUCCCACCCAGCAGUGCCCCCCCAGCACCUAGUCUCCCCCCCCACCCUCUGCCUCCUUUACCUCCAAACCUGCCCAGAUGAUCUCUACCUGUCUCCAGAGUUCCAGAAAGGAAAAAGAUUCCACAGAGGAUGAAGAAGAUUAUGAUGAAGACAGAGGUGGUGAUGAAGAAGAUGAGGAAGAGAAAAGCUUCAAGGAGGUGAUGGGAAAGACAAAAUAUCAGACAGAAGAUGAGAAAUAUGAUUCCCU